AUGAGAGGUCGUUUUAAACGACUUAGUGAAAAUGCACAAAAGUGGGUUGGUGUAUAUCGGGAAGCAUGGCGUCGAAGAAGAAGUGGAAUGAGUCAAAAAUAUAUUGAAAACGAAGCUCAUAACCUUUAUGAGGCAAGUGGGAACAAGUUCAACGACAUUAUUGUUUUUAAUGAAGUUAUGUGUAAACACGAAAAGUGGGCUUUAGAGUUAGAUCGUGACACAACACGUUCCCGUCCUGAAUGUGAAGUGGGUAAUGAUGAAAGUGGUGGUAGCUCGAAAAGAUCAAGGGCUACUGAAGAAGGGGGGGUAUUGUGUCCAUUCCAACCAAGAAAUGCCAACUAG